AUGGUAGCGACGCGAGUACAUUCGUCUGACAUAUACAGAUUGUACCUCCAGGCAGCCAUGUCUCGAAGAGUUAUGAGCGAGGCCAUCGCGAAAGCACUCUGGAAAGCAUGUACGGAGACUGUUGCAAGGGUAGAACCUACUCUGGACAUUGAGUUCAUCGACGGGACGAACGAAUGGAACUUAUUCUUGGACAAGAUUAAGCGGUUACUUGACCCCCUUGACCUCGAGUUUGCGCGUUUCAAGGAUGAGGAUACGGGAGUUGUCAUGUAUGCUAUCACAAACACGAAGAGCGACGAAGUCGCACAACUCGCUUCGGACUAUAGUGCUACGGAAAUUGCAUUCUUCAAAGCUAUUGUCGAGCAAAUCAUGUUAGCUCCAAAGCACGCCUAUUCCUUAUCCUCACUAGGAGCAUUACGCGAAAUAAGUCAUCUGAAAGGUUCAUCAAUGACAAAAGCACAGGGCGAGGUCAUCCUUGCGAGUUUCGUCGCGAGAGGCUGGCUCGUCAAAAGCAAACGAGGCCGCUACUCCCUCGGCACCCGCUCCCUCCUCGAACUCGGCCCAUACCUCAAAAGCACAUACGAAGACGCAGACUCUUCACCCAACUCCUCUCCUCUCCUCGAAUGCGUAGCCUGCCUGGACCUCGUAACAAAGGGCUACAUGUGCCCCACGACGAACUGCAACGCCCCACUACACAAACACUGCUACGAAGCGUACAGGAGGCGGAACGUCUCUCCGAAAUGUCCCAAGUGUCAGAAAGAGUGGGGAGAGGGAAGGGAAGGGUUGAUACCUGUUGGUGAGGAGGCUGUGAGGGAUGGGAUGGGGAUGGUUGAGAGGAGGAGGGUGAGGGCAAGGAAUGUAGAUGAGGAUGGGGAGGUGGAAGAGGAAGAGAUUGGGGAUUCGAGUCAGAUGGGGACUACUCAGUCGCGGACUCAGCAGAUGACGCAGAGUCAAGGAGGAGCGAGGAAGGGCGGUCGCCUGAGAAAGUCUUCCUUGGCUAAAGUGAAUGGGAAGAGUAAGAGACGAGCUACGUACGUCUUCCUUUCCUUUUCCCCUUCUUUUUCAAGAAUACUUGUCUCUAAUGAAUGGCUUAAACUUGAUACAGGACACCUGACACUCCCGAGGAAGAAGACACUCUCGAAGACAUGUACGCCGACGAUGACGGACAAGACGACGCGAUCGACAUCGACAACCUCGCUGCAAUACGAGAACAGCCUACUCGGACGAGCAGUCGCCGACGCUAACAUCGUUCAUUCUAUAAGACCCCCCUCUCAUUUCUUAUAUUCUACAUUUCAUAUAUUCGAGUCCUAUCUUCCCCGUAUAAAAAGUAAAUUCAUUCAUUCAUUCAUAUUAUUCUAUGUAUAUAUACGAGUUUUUGGAGAGGAGAGAACCAAAGUCAAAGCAAAGCAAGUUGAAUGA